AUGUCAACAACUUCCCUUCGACCGGACUCAACUACAUUUGUUGACGAAGAUGGCGCUUAUACCGACGUUCACUUGCCCAAAGCCCUGGCAUCUUGGCCAUGGCCACGUCGGGUCAACCCUCACUAUGAAAGCGUCAAACAGCAAGCGUCCGCUUGGUGUGAAUCGUUCCAAGCUUUCAAUCCUCAAGCACAGGACGCCUUUAACAAGUGUGACUUUAAUCUUCUCGCAUCCUUGGCGUACCCUAGAUUAGAUGAAGCUGGAUAUCGCGUCUGUUGUGAUUUGAUGAACCUUUUCUUUUGUAUUGACGAACACACGGAUUUGGCGACCGCAGAAGGAGCAAGGGCCCAGGUCAAUAUUGUUAUGGAUGCAAUUCUACAUCCGCAGAAACCUAGACCUUCUGGUGAAUGGGUCGUAGGGGAAAUGGCACGCCAAUUUUGGGCCAAUGCUGUACUCGUCGCCACCCCCACAGCCCAGACUCGCUUCGUCAGUAGCUUCCAGAAAUAUCUUGACGCGGUGGUCCAGCAAGCCGAAGACAGAGUCAAGGGUUCUGUCAGAAGUGUGGAGGAUUAUUUUAGGGUGCGGCGCGAUUCCAUUGGCGUUGAACCGUCGUUCGCCAUUGGGGAGCUGUAUAUGAACAUACCUCAAGAAGUCAUUGACAACCCAGUGAUUGCCAAGCUGAGGGUGAUCGCCAUUGAUUUGAUUCACAUAGCCAACGAUAUCUACUCCUAUAAAGUAGAAUGGGAACGUGGUGAUGAAGGUCAUAACCUUGUGACAGUAGUCAUCCAGCAAUUCGGGAUGAAUAUCCAGGAUGCGAUGGAUUAUAUCGGGAAACUCAACGAGCGCCUUGUUGAUCAAUUCUUGGAGCAGUGGAACCGUAUACCUGUAUUUGGCGGCUCCGUGGACGCAGAGAUUGGAGAUUACUGUAACAUGUUGGGAGAAUGGGUCCGCGGCAACGAUUCGUGGAGCUUCGAGAGCGAACGGUAUUUCGGGAAAAAAGGACCCGAGAUACAGGCCGACCUAAUUGUUCGUUUGACCAGGAGUAGAGGAGAGAAGCGCGUCGGCUAA